GCACGCCUGCGUCAUUGUCAGCAUUUAAAGCUCUCUUGGCGUCCGUUAAACGACUUUACGCAUGUAAAAUGUACAAGCGCUUAAGAGUUUUAUUUUAAAAUUACAUGUUGCAGUUUUAUCAGCAACUGUAAAUUUCUUCGCAGAAAUACAGUAAAUAAUUUCCGGUUAAACAAAGUGCUGAUUAUGCGUGGAUUUGUAUGCCGAUUAACUCGGGGCCUACACGCUGUCUUGUGUCGGACUGGCAUGUUGAGUAAGGCCGGAGUACUGAGGGUUUUUUCUCAGUCUGAGCUCUGCUCCUUCGCCGUAACGAGUGGGUUUUCUUGGAAUGUUACCGCGAACACGUCUGCUUUUCUGAGGGGCUUUUCUCACACCGCCACCUUGAAUACAGCCGUUCUGCUUAGGGCACGGAGAAUGGCAGAGAAGCCACCAGCGAAGCACUGCUGCAGUGCUGGCGUUGGCACGGGAGAGAGCCAUGCCUCAUCACCUCCUGUUAAGAGGGUGGCAAUAGAGGGCAACAUUGCUGUAGGGAAGUCGACUUUUGCCAGGAUUCUGCAGGCGGAGAAUAAACAUUGGGAGAUUAUUCCUGAGCCCCUGAGCGAGUGGCAGAACAUACAAACAACUGAUGAGCCAAGCAAAAAAUCUCAACAUAGUGUCAGCAAUCUACUUCAGAUGAUGUACCAGGAUUCCUCACGCUGGUCUUACACAUUCCAGACCUUUUCCUGCAUGAGUCGCAUCAAAGCCCAACUCAGGCCUGUGUCAAGUAGACUUCUAAAUUCAGAACAGCCAGUGCAGAUCUUUGAGAGAUCAGUCUACAGUGACAGGUAUGUGUUCGCACUGAAUAUGUUUAACAUGGGCUCCAUUAAUGAGACAGAGUGGGCCGUUUAUCAGGACUGGCAUACCUUUUUGAUCCGUGAAUUUGGGAAAAGGCUUGAACUGGAAGGCAUUAUCUACCUACGAGCUCAGCCCCAGGUUUGCAAGGAGAGGCUGAGCCGUCGAGCCCGACCAGAGGAGAAGGGCAUUACGAUCGAAUACUUGGAGACUUUACACACCCAGCAUGAGAACUGGCUGGUUCACAAAAGUACCCAGGUGCACUUUGAACACCUCAGGAAAGUUCCUGUCCUUGUCCUUGAUGUUAACGAUGACAUUCAAAACAAUCGAGACUACAAAAUGCAAAUUAUUACUCAGGUGAAGAAUUAUAUUUCCUCUCUCUGGGCAUCAUGAUAUAACAUGUGUCUCUGCAUGACAAGCUGGAUACUUGACCACAGUUGCUGUGGACUUUAGUGGUUCUCAUGUUGAGAAGGACAGAGCUUUUUUUGCUGCUUGGCUGGAGCAAAUUGGGAAUGCAUCCCAAAUAGGGAUGUGUUUAAAAAGGGGGGAUUGUGCUAAUGACCAAAUCAGAUUUAGGGGGUCUGAUUGUCUCUACUCACUUAAUGCCCAAUAGAGCAGGACUAGACGCGAGUGUAACAGUGUCCCAGCUCCUUCCCCUACACUUUCUGGUGAUGUGCCAUUAUUGUCGGAGCUGAUCUUGCCUGUCCUCAGAAGACGUUAUUUUCAGAUGCCAUCUCUAUCAGGGUAUAUGUGUGUUUUUUUUUUGUUUUUGGUGUCUACUCACUUCUUUCUUUUGCAAAUAAUUAACAGUUUACAUAGCACAUGACAUUUAUAGCCUCCCGUUUAUUCCAUUAGAAAAAAAAUAUGAUGGGACAGGAUGGUCCACAGUGGCAGCUUCUCCAAAGAUAAUUUUACCUAACUUAUUUCACUUACUUGCUUAAUUUAUUUAACUUUACUUAGCAUCAUUCUUUUAUGCUGUUUUGUGUAAUUUUUUUUAUUUAAGUUUUUAUACAAACCUAGCAAAAUUGAAUUCACAAAAAGCUAAUAUUCAGAUUUUACCAAAUCCAGCACCACUGUUUUGGAUUUGUAUGGGUUUGUGAUCAGUGUAAUUUGCACUUAAAUGUGUUGAUGCUUUGUUUUGUGUCUUUUAAUGCGUUCAAAUGUCUUUUUUUACAAUUAAAGAAAUUUCUCUAUUUAAUAUGGUCCAGGCUUUCCACCUUUUUGAAGCUUAUCCAUUCCUGAAAACUUACAUUUAAUUACUGUUAAUUUAAAUAGGGAAAUGUCACAAUGCUUACCACUAGACCACCACUGGCACCCCUCGAUCAACAUCUCAGGCAUUUCACAAUCCCCACACUUCGUUCUUCUUCAGUUUGUGCAGAACCUGCAGUUGUACACUGAACACACCUCUCCAGGUUAAACUUAACACUUGACCUGGACUGGACAUUAAUCGUUAACAGUGCCGGGGAGCUCUGGCCUCACUCAGACUUCUGUUUUGUGAAGUCCAUAAUUACAACUCCUUAUUCUGCUCUAUCAAGCGGUGUAGAUUUUAUGAUCCUCGCAAAUCCUCUUACAGCAGUUUUUGGAGCCGACACAAGCUUGGUGAUAAACUGCACUAAAUUGUAAGCAUGUCAUCUAAUUCUACUCAUUUGAAGGAAUCUUAAUGCACCCUCCAUUACGUCAUAUGAAAAUGAUGUGAAACUGGACAAAAUGAUUUUUUUCUGUGGAACUUUGCAGAACUUAUUUAGAGUUUGGCAAGGAUUCACUACUGUUAUUGUGAAGUGAGUCUCCUGAACUCCUGUUGUGUUUCUUAAUAAUACGAGGUCGUGGAACACAGUGGGCCGGUUUUUAUUACUAAUUACUUCUCUUUUCUGGGUGUUUUAGUGUGGAAAUCUUACUGUUUUUGUGUACAAUGAGACCGAUUGAACAGACUUUAAAUUUUCUAAUUUUGUCUUAAUGAAAUGUUCUGUCAUAUUAUAUAACUUGUUCUGUGGAACAAAUAAAACUUUAAUAAAAAAACA